GGUCCGGGCACUUACUUGGACUGGAAGUUGGCGGCGCGAUGGGGAACGAGCGUUGGAAAACCGUGGGAGGAGCCUCGCAACUUGAGGAUGGGCAGCAGGAGAAAUCACAGAGGAUGAGCUGUGGCUACAUCCUGUGCACCGUCCUGCUCUCGGUGGCCGUGCUCCUCGCGGUGACAGUCACGGGGGCCAUCCUCUUCAUGAACCACUACCACACGCCCGUCACCGAGUCACCUCCCGUCAUCAGCACCAACCCCGAGGAGGCCAACGCGCUGGUGACCAUCGAGAAAGCCGACAGCUCCCGCAUCAACAUCUUCAUCGACCCCAACUGCCCCAGCGCUGCCGGCGCCCUGGGACGCCUGGAGGGGCUGCAGAGCUCCCUGCUGCACGCCCUCACCGAGCACGACGCCGAGGCCAAGGCCACCAAGAGCCAGCAGAAGGCCCUGCUCGUCACUGUGGCAGACGAGGUGGCCAAGCUGCUGAGCCACGCCGUGCAGCUGCGUGCUGACUGUGAUGGCCUCAAGAAGGGGCACAGCGCCAUGGGGCAGGAGCUCAGCGCCCUGCAGGGAGAGCAGGGCAGGCUCAUCCAGCUGCUGUCGGAGAGCCAGACCAACAUGGCUCGGCUGGUGAGCUCUGUCAGUGACGUGCUGGACUCGCUGCAGAAGGAGCGCGGCGGGGCCCGGCCCCGGCUCAAGGCUGACCUGCAGCGAGCCCCGGCCAGGGGAGCACGGCCCCGGGGCUGCUCCAACGGCUCCCGGCCCCGAGACUGCUUUGACAUCUAUGUGAGUGGACAGCAGGAGGAUGGGAUUUACUCCAUCUUCCCCACCCACUACCCCGAUGGCUUCCAGGUCUACUGUGACAUGACCACGGACGGGGGCGGCUGGACGGUGUUCCAGCGGCGGGAGGACGGCUCCGUCAACUUUUUCCGUGGCUGGGAAGCCUACCGGGACGGCUUCGGGAAGCUGACAGGAGAGCACUGGUUGGGGCUGAAGAGGAUCCACCUGCUGACGGUGCAGGGCAGCUACGAGCUCCGCAUCGACCUGGAGGACUUCGACAACGGCACCGCCUUCGCCCACUACGGCAGCUUCGGGGUGGGGCUCUUCUCCGUGGACCCCGAGGAGGACGGGUACCCCAUCACCAUCGCCGACUACUCAGGGACAGCAGGUGACUCCUUCCUGAAGCACAACGGGAUGAAGUUCACCACCAAGGACCUGGACAACGACCACUCGGAGAACAACUGCGCCGCUUUCUACCACGGCGCCUGGUGGUACCGCAACUGCCACACCUCCAACCUGAACGGGCAGUACCUCCGGGGCCACCACAGCUCCUACGCCGACGGCAUCGAGUGGUCCUCCUGGACCGGCUGGCAGUACUCCCUCAAGUUCACCGAGAUGAAGAUCCGGCCCAUCCGGGAGGAGAAUUAGCUGAUGGCAUCAGUCCCCCCCACACCAUGCCCGGUCUCCUGCCCAUCCCCAGCACCCUGCAGACCCCCUCCCUCAGCUGCCAUCCUUCCCAUCCUCUCUGAGGGCUUGCCCCUGGGGAGCAUCUGCUGCCAGUGAGGGUGACUUUGGCUCCUGGGCACCCACAGGUGUUGCCAGACCUUUGCUUCCCACUGCCAUGGCUCCCCUGCAGCCAGACCAGGUGUCCUGACCAGAGUGUGACCCAUGGCCUGUGCUCCUGGCUGGGGCAGAGAGGAUGCAGGUAUUUGGGCAGAGGUGCCCAGCAGGAAGGAAAGGGGCUGCCUGGAGGGAAGGAAGGAGGGAGGGAGGGAUGCAGCAGCCCAGGCAGGCUGAACACCUCUGGUCACCUCUGCUCUGGUCACUGACACCUGGCAGUGGGCUAGCCAAGCAGGCAAGGGGCUGGGGGCACUUGUCAUGGGGAACCCCAGGCCCCAAAAACCCCCAGGACUGGGAUGAGGCUGCUGCUCCUCAGCUCCAGCUCCCCCCAUGGUGCUACUGGUGAUGGGGAGGGCUCAGCUGGGUCAGCCUGACCGUGCCAGCAAUUCCUCCUCUGGACUGCAGAACGCUCUCCUCUGCCCCUGCAAGAGCAACGCAGCUGGGGAGGGACAACCACCAGCUCCUUAGUCCCCAUUGUCCCUGUCCUGAGUCCUGGAGCCUCCCAGCAGGUCAGGACAGCCCAAAGUGAGCCAGAACAGCGCUGCAAGGACGCACACCCAGAACCGAGCACGGCACGGAGCUGCUUUGGCAGUGCUGGGCAAACAGGGAGCACAACAAGGAAGAGGAGGAGGCGAGGAAGGCUCACUUCCCAGCACAGCUCUGCCUGCAUUUCACAGCCCCUCCCUCCCAACCAGACCCACUCGGAUUCACACCAGACUUUCCCCAUCCAAAGGCUGUGACCUUUCCCCAAACAUUUCAGGCAGCUCAGCCACAUCUCCCAGCGAGCCCCUCUGCUCACUGCUGGCCUGGGCACCGCAUUCAUUCCCACCCUGGCUAAGCUGUGGCACUGGCUGGGCACCUGCAGAUAUUCAAAGCCUUUCAUUUCCUCAAAUCCUGUUAAGGUUUUGCAAAAGAGAAGCCCCGAGUGGGGCUUAGCAUCUGCAGGGCCCUGAUAACCGGGCAGCAGCACCAGCCAGCCCAGGCAGGAGCUGCCAUGGGCUGUGGGACUGAUGUCUCCUGCUGGCUCCCUGGAAGGACUCAAAUGGGGGAUUUUGUCCAAAAAAACAAGAACCAAAUCUGAGCAGACUCUGGACUGAGAGGGGAGUGGGCAGAUGGAACCCUGCCACCCCUUACAGCACUCUCUGCCUGUGCUAGAGCAGAGCCCUGCCCCAAGGAACACCAUCAGACAGACAGACGGACGGAGGAGGGGAGGAAAACUCCCCCGUCUCCAUUUCCAGGGGAGCUUAAAGCACGGGGAGAUCAAAGGCUCAGCUUCCCAACUGUGCCAGGUUUGUACAUCCCUCUGUAUUCUACUUAGUUUUUAAGCCUUUCCCACCUCGGAUCUUGUGCUGGACAAGCUCUCUCACCUACUGGGUGAGUGUCUGUCUGUCUGCCCGCCCUGACAGAGAAAUGGACAAACGAUGCAUUGGGAUCACCACAGCUUUUUACCCUGCCAGAGAGAUCCUCCAGAGCCCUCAGGUGAGGAUGAGCUCUGAGUGAAAGGCACUCAGCUCUAGGCACUCCAUCCACACCCAGAGCAGUGGCUCAGGGCUUUCUGGAAUGAUGGGAACUGAGGGAACUCAGCAGUGGCAUUUCUCAGCACAACAGCAGGAGUCCUGACAGCUUCCAAGGAGCUUCCUGCAUUCCACUGGACCUUUCUGGAAAGGGUCCUGCCUGCACCCAUCUUUACUUUUCAAUCAGUUUUUUGGGUGGAUUAGCUGUAGCUGGGUUUUCUGAUGCUUUGGGCAGGGAUGCACAUGGAACCAUGUGCCAGGUGGGAAGGCUCAUCCUCCCCCAGACCCCUCCACUGGCAUUCUGCCAUGCCAGGGAGGGAACAUUGUACCUUGGUUUGUUGGUAGCACAUCCUUGUGUAACUGCCUGUGUCACCCGGGACCCCCCAGAGAUUUGUUUUGACUUGCACGAGAGGCAUUUAAUCCAUGCCAAGACACAGGAUUUCCCAGGAUUAUUUCCAAGAGCUCAAGCAUUGCUCCAUGGCCCUGGAUUAGGUUAAACCCAUCUGUGGUGACACCUCCCUGGAAAGGGGUGGGCAGGGGUGACCGGGGGUCUGGGAUGUGGCCAUGGACCUUCCCAGAGAAGCCCUGGGCCAGGCCGUGGUGUGUAGCAGUGCUGUGAAGUCUAGGUCGUGUUUGAGUGUGUCCAAAGCUGUACACGUGGACUUUCUAAACUCCUUAAUAAAAGGAUCUCAUCGUUA